GCAGUCGGUUUCCCUGUAUUCCCUUGUCUGGGGUAGUUUCAUCCAGUCGUCUAUUUCCAUUUCGAAAGCACGGGGGUCCAUCGUCGUAAGUCUGGGUGGAAACAAAGCACUGUUGCCGGGACAUUCAUAAUCCUUUUGAAAUGUUGAAAUGAAACGUUCGAGAUUCAUUUAAAAAAAAAAUAAAAAAGUUUAUUAAACGCGCUUACGAAAAAAAUAGAACCUAAUUUUUAAUUAUCUGUCAUCUUUCGAUGUCAAUUUUGAUGGGAGCGUUAAAAUUUUGGGAUGGACCUUGAUCGAUUUCUAUCAGUGUAUAGGGUGGAGUAUGUGUCCUAUUUUCCCAAGAGGGACUCCAGUGAUCCUCCACCUCCACAAAUCAUUUACGAAGAAUGUACUCCUCAUCCUAUUUUUUAUUUAACCGAACCUGCUUCAAAAUGCAACUGGAAGUCUUGCCCUUAUAUCACCCCCAUGCCACAAAAGUACCCUUACAUUACAGAAGCCUUAAAAACCGAUCCUCCGAGGGACCUGUUACAAAUAGAUCGCGAUUAUCACAAAGCCCUAAACCAAAUCGGAUAUUGCAGAAUGAAACGAAGCUGUGCUAUUAAAGUACCCAAGAAUAUGAUGGAGUGUUACAAGUUAGUGUGUAAGCCUUUCAUGUGUCCCGAAACGACUGCAGACGAGCUGGAUGUCGAAAAGGACGACGUAAAGUCUUCUAAAGAGGAUUCCCCGAUCCAUCAUCACGUUCAGGGGAAGCCUAACGCCAUAAGCGGAUCGAAUAAGGAUCAGAUGGAACCGAAAUUGUUGCGGAAAUACACGGAGGCCGUUUCUCAAACGAGUAGUCCACCUUUCGAGGGCAUCUCUGAAUAUUCUGACAUAAUAUCUAGACUGGGCGACAGGCUGUUACCGUGAUUACAUUCGCGUGAUUGUAUAAAUGAUUAAUAAAACGUUUAGUGGGUAAUUUCGUGAUUUUAUUCCCCGUGUGAGACCGGGGGUUGAAGAAUAGUCUCACCGCCGACUCAUGGCGUGUCGUAGAAGGCGACAAAAAAGUGACGAUCGCGGGUCUGGAGGCAGAGACAUAGUCACGAAGUAGAUUGACAUUUAAGAUGUUUUUGUUUGAUGAUUAAACUGUCAGCUGUCAGCUAGGGGUCGUCAGAAACAUUUUGUAUUGUCAUAUUUUCGGUCAGGGAUACGUAAAAUUAUCUACCAUGGUUUUAGAUCAGUAUCUAUCUACUUACACUAAAGAUUAUCUUUGGCCUUGUAAUCUAUCCAUUCCCAAGAGCCACGCUUCCGUUGCAAAAGGUCCUUCUACCCGAUCCUCUGCUCAUCCCGACGAUUGCGCCUGCACCUUGAGUCCUGCCGCUUAUCUGGAACUACUCAGACAAAAGUAUCCCAAUUUGGAAGAGAUCUUGAGACGGGCGCCACCUCCGGUAGCUGUCAGGAAGAGACGCUGGCCUCCAGGACACACGGUAAAGUUCUGGUCGAGGGAUUUUCUUACCGAUUCCGAACGAGCCGCCUUCUACGAACGUCCCGAUGACGUGCCGUAUCCGUGUGAGUACGAACAGUUUGCAGUAUUUCCGGGGAACGCGAAACCACCGCCGGAAUUAUAUCAAAAGAUUCCCAGACGACUAGCCGACGAUGUAUUGGUUGCUGCAGAUCCCAUGGAGGGAAUCACCGAAUAUAGCGCAACUGUUUCUAAACUAGGGAAAAAUAUUUUGGACGCAAGGCCACCACCGCCUUUACUACCCCCUAUUAAAAAAGUAAAAGUGUGUCCCCUUUUUACAGACUAAUAACAAUGUAUUGUACGUACUGGGUCGUGUUGUUUGUCAUUAUUAAAUACGUGUGGGUAAU